AUGCUCAACAAGCUGCACGGCCAGCCCGAAAGCUAUGAUCGCAAAUCUCGAUACCGCUUUGGAAAGACAUUGGGCGCUGGCACAUAUGGUAUCGUUCGGGAAGCCGACUGCCCCGAGGGCAAGGUGGCUGUCAAGAUUAUCCUGAAGAAGAAUGUGCGCGGAAACGAGCAGAUGGUCUAUGACGAGCUGGAGAUGUUGCAGCGCAUGAAGCACCCGCACAUUGUCAAGUUCCACGACUGGUUCGAGUCAAGAGACAAGUACUACAUCGUGACCCAAUUGGCGACUGGUGGAGAGCUGUUCGACCGCAUUUGCGAGAAGGGAAAGUUUACGGAAAAAGACGCAGCUGAGACGAUCCGUCAAGUGCUCGAUGCAGUCAACUACCUCCACGAAAACAAUGUGGUCCAUAGAGAUCUAAAACCAGAGAACCUCCUAUAUCUCACGCGCGACGCGAACUCCUCCCUCGUACUUGCAGAUUUUGGCAUCGCCAAGAUGCUCGACUCGAAGAGCGAAGUCCUGACCACCAUGGCCGGCUCGUUUGGAUAUGCUGCCCCUGAGGUUAUGCUCAAGAAGGGCCACGGCAAGCCCGUUGACAUGUGGUCCAUGGGUGUUAUCACAUACACACUUCUGUGCGGAUACUCGCCUUUCAGGUCAGAGAACCUUGCGGACCUAAUUGAGGAAUGCAAGAAUGGUCGCGUCAUCUUCCACGAGCGAUACUGGAAAGAAGUGAGCCCUGAGGCUAAGGAGUUCAUCAAGAAACUCCUGGAGCCAGACCCAAACAAGCGACCAACAAGUCAAGCUGCCCUCAAACACGUGUGGCUCAGCGGAAGCACUGCCACGGACCACAACUUGGUGCCUGAGAUCAAGGCAUAUGCGGCCAAGGCCCGUCUCAGGCGUGGUAUUGAGCUCGUCAAGCUUGCGAAUCGCAUUGAAGCGCUAAAGAUGCAAGAAGACGAGGAAGAAGCCGUUCCCGGAGAGGCGGACGUGCCAGCCAAUGCUCGCGAAGCUGCAGGCGAGGCCAUCGCAAAACCCGCCGAAGACGCGGGUCUAGCGACCAAGGAGAAUACAGGCACAGGAAAAGGCCCUGGACGUCUGAGCAGGAUCGCCAAGGGAGCCAUUUUCCGAGAAGUAGUGCUGGCCAAGGUGCGUGAGAUGAAAGAGCAGGAAGCGCGAGCAGAGUUUGAGAAGCACGCAACAGAACCAAAGAAGUGA